AUGGAUAGUGGUGGACAACAUGGAUCUUCGUCUUCGUUAGUGAAAUUGUUUCGGAAAAAUAGACAUAUGUCCCAUAGUGAUGUGCUGAGUCGAUCUAUAAGUAGUAGGAAUGAUCAUGAUGAUUCUGGUUCUGUUAAUUCAUUUCAUAGUGCUGCUAAUGAUUCACUGGUGUUGAUUAAUGGUAGUGAUGGUAGUGCAUUUUCAAAAGAAUCUCCCAUAUCGACUGCUGAUACUUCAGUAGCAACUUCAAAACUACUUCCAAAGCAUCAACAUCAACAUCAACAUCAACAUCAGCAUUUAGGUCUUCUCCCAUUAGCGAAAAAGAAUUCAUUGGAUUCAGAGGGAAGCAAAAAGAAACAUCUUCCAACAUUGAAACGAUUUCUUGGUAAACUCAAAGAGGAUAGAAGUAAUAAAUCUAAUAAAGGUUUACCACAUUUCAAGCCAUCCCUGGCUUUAGAUAAAAAAUAUACAAAUGCAAAUAAACUCUUGGGUUCAGGUGCCACUGGAUCUGUGAUUUUAGUCCAUUCCAAGACAGAUAGUUCUCAAGUUUAUGCUGUGAAACAAUUUAGACCGAAACAAAAGGCAGAAAAUGAACGGGAUUAUAAAGUUAAGGUAAAAAAUGAAUUCAAAAUAGCUUCAGUUUUCAACCAUCCCAAUCUUAUUAAAACAUAUGAAUUGGUUACUGAAUCUGGAUUAACUCAUGAUCCAGAGUAUUAUAUUGUUAUGGAUUAUUGUCCUUAUGAUUUUUUCAAUUUGGUGAUGUCAGGACUUAUUACCAUUCACGAAACAGAAUGUUAUUUUAAACAAAUCAUUGCAGGCGUGUUCUUUUUACAUGAUCAUGGAUUAGCUCAUCGUGAUUUGAAAUUAGAUAAUUGUGUUGUAACCGAUCAAGGAAUUUUGAAGUUGAUUGAUUUCGGUUCAGCUGUUCAAUUUAGGAAACCCAGAAUGCCAGGUUUGGAUUAUGGAGUAGAUAAUUUGGAUGAAGAUCAUCGUUUGCAAAGAGCAAGAGGUAUAGUUGGUUCCGAUCCAUACUUAUCGCCAGAAGUAUUUGAACCAUCAAAUUUUGGUUACGAUCCAAGAUUAGUUGAUGUUUGGUCCAUUGCUAUAAUAUAUUGCUGUUUGGUUAUUAGAAGAUUUCCUUGGAAAAUACCUAAAUGGUCAGACCCUUCAUAUUCUUCAUUUGCAUCAGCUGAACCUCCUUAUGAUAAAGGUUCCGAAAGUGAAGCCACUGUUCCAACUAUAAAAAGUGGUGUGGCUACACCUGUUGAGACAAAGCCCAAUAUACAACUAUCCGAAUUAGAACAGAGAAUCCCUAAGCUUACCAUUAAUAAUGAAGCAAACACAUUAGAUAAAUCUAUUGAUGAUAAAGAAGUUUCCCAGGAACCUCCACAAAUCAACUUACCUGAACCAAAUCUAGAUUUAGAUGAUCAAGCUCCAACUCAAGCAGUUAUCCCUCAAAAGAAAAGACAUAGAAGAAAAUUAACAGGUAGAGAGAAAUUGCUUCGCUUAUUACCAAGAAACUCCAGAUCAUUGAUUGAUAAGAUGUUGGCAGUGAACCCUGAAGACAGAUACACCAUGGAUCAAGUAAUUGUUCAUCCAUAUGUUCAAGAAAUCACAGAAUGUCAAGAACUUGUUCUUCCCAGUGGUGAGAAGUCAAUAUUGAAACUGGAAAACCAUACUCAUCACUUGGUAACCGAAGACCAAUUGAGACUGAUUGAAUUUGAAAAGGCUCGUCAAAAGGAAGCCAUUGGACUUUGA